UCUUUCCUUCUCUCCCUUUUCCCUUCCUCCCACCACCACAUUUGCCUCAACAAAAACCACAUCCUCUUCUCCUCUACCUCCCCCCCUUCCUGCACGGAGCUCGAGUUUGAAUGAUCAAACACCCUUUUCAACCGAAUUAUGGGAACGCCGGUGAACAUCAUUGUGGGAUCGCAUGUGUGGGCGGAGGAUCCCGAGCUGGCUUGGAUCGACGGAGAGGUCACCGAGAUCAAGGGCGGCAACGCAACCAUCAUCGCCGCUAACGGCAAAACAAUAGUGGCUAGUCUGGGCAGCAUUUAUCCAAAAGACACAGAAGCCCCACCAGCAGGAGUAGAUGACAUGACCAAGUUGGCUUACCUCCAUGAACCGGGAGUUUUACAGAAUCUUUCUUGCCGCUACUCUCUGAACGAAAUAUAUACGUACACAGGAAAUAUCCUGAUAGCAGUGAACCCGUUCCGAAGGCUUCCCCAUCUAUAUGAUGUCCACAUGAUGGAGCAAUACAAGGGUGCGACCUUUGGAGAGCUGAGUCCCCAUCUUUUUGCCGUGGCAGAUGCUUGUUACAGGGCAAUGAUAAAUGAUCACGGAAGCCAAUCUAUAUUGGUAAGUGGGGAGAGUGGGGCUGGUAAAACAGAAACAACAAAAAUGCUCAUGCGAUAUCUUGCGUUCAUGGGUGGGAGAUCUGGAAUUGAAGGAAGAACAGUCGAGCAACAAGUCUUGGAGUCUAAUCCUGUACUGGAAGCAUUCGGAAAUGCUAAAACAGUGAAGAACAACAAUUCAAGUCGUUUCGGUAAAUUUGUUGAAAUCCAAUUCGACAAAUAUGGAAAGAUCUCUGGAGCUGCAGUUCGCACAUACCUCCUCGAACGCUCACGAGUCUGCCAGGUGUCUGACCCUGAAAGGAACUACCAUUGCUUUUAUAUGCUCUGUGCUGCACCACCAGAGGAUGUAAAGAAAUUUAAGGUGGCAGAUCCAAGAAGAUUUCACUAUUUGAACCAAACAAAUUGUUAUGAAGUAGCUAAUGUGGAUGAUGCAAGAGAGUACAUAGAGACUAGAAAGGCCAUGGAUAUUGUUGGUAUUAGUCAAGAAGAGCAGGAUGCAAUUUUCCGUGUGGUAGCUGCAAUCCUUCACUUGGGUAACAUUGGUUUCGCCAAAGGAAGUGAAAUUGACUCCUCUAAGUUGAAAGACGAGAAGGCGGUCUCUCAUCUAAAAACUGCUGCAGAACUUCUAAUGUGCAAUGAGAAGGCCCUUGAAGACUCACUAUGUAAGCGCGUAAUUGUCACGCCUGAUGGUAACAUAACAAAGCCUCUCGAUCCUGAGUCUGCUGCACUGAACCGUGAUGCCCUAGCAAAGACAGUAUAUUCGAGGUUGUUUGACUGGAUAGUAGACAAAAUCAACAAUUCAAUAGGUCAGGAUCCUACUGCAACAAAUAUAAUUGGAGUACUUGAUAUCUAUGGCUUCGAGACCUUCAAGAUCAAUAGUUUUGAGCAACUAUGUAUCAACUUGACGAAUGAGAAGCUGCAGCAGCAUUUCAAUCAACAUGUCUUUAAAAUGGAGCAAGAAGAAUACACAAGGGAAGAAAUCGACUGGAGUUAUGUAGAGUUUGUAGAUAACCAAGAUGUCUUAGAUCUUAUUGAAAAGAAACCUGGAGGAAUAAUUGCACUUCUGGAUGAAGCAUGUAUGUUUCCAAAGUCAACUCAUGAAACAUUUACACAGAAGAUGUACCAAACGUACAAGGGACACAAGCGCUUCAGCAAACCAAAACUUGCUCGCACUGCUUUCACAAUCAACCACUAUGCAGGAGAUGUCACAUAUCAAGCUGAUCAGUUCCUCGAUAAAAACAAAGAUUAUGUGGUGGCUGAACAUCAAGCCCUUCUAAAUGCCUCAAAGUGUCCUUUUGUUGCAAAUCUCUUUCCACCGCUGCCUGAAGAAACUUCUAAACAGUCCAAGUUCUCUUCAAUUGGUACUCGCUUUAAGCAACAAUUACAAGCUCUAAUGGAGACAUUGAGUACUACAGAGCCUCAUUAUAUCAGAUGUGUGAAGCCUAACGCUGUAUUAAAACCAGGCAUCUUUGAAAAUUUCAACGUAUUGAACCAAUUGAGAUGUGGGGGUGUGCUUGAAGCAAUCAGGAUCAGUUGUGCCGGAUAUCCAACGAAAAGGACAUUUGAUGAGUUCAUUGAUCGUUUUGGAAUGCUUGCACCAGAUCUCAUAGAUAGCUCUGACGAGAAGGCAGCAUGUGCGGCCAUAUGUGAUAGAAUGGGCUUGAAAGGAUACCAGAUAGGAAAAACAAAGGUAUUCCUGAGAGCUGGUCAGAUGGCAGAGUUAGAUGCUCGAAGAACAGAAGUCUUGGCUAAUGCUGCGAGACGGAUACAGAGGCAGAUAAGAACACAUCUUGCCCGCAAGGAAUUCAUCACCUUACGCAAAGCCUCAAUUCAACUACAGAAAUUCUGGAGAGCUCGGCUUGCUCGGAAACUAUAUGAGGGCCUGAGAAGAGAAGAUGCUUCGAUUCGUAUACAAAAAUAUGCACGAUCUCAUGCUGCGAGAAAAGCUUAUACACAAUUGAAGGCGGCGGCGAUUGUUAUACAAACAGGAUUACGUGCAAUGGCGGCACGCAAUGAGUAUAGACACAGAAGAAGAACCAAGGCUGCUAUAAUCAUCCAGACUCAAUGGCGUCUACAUAAAGCUUAUUUGGCCUAUAAGCAACAAAAGAAGGCUACUUUGGCACUUCAAUGUCUCUGGAGAGCACGCCUCGCAAGAAAGGAACUUCGAAAACUCAGAAUGGCUGCAAGGGAGACCGGUGCGCUCAAAGAAGCAAAAGAUAAGUUGGAGAAGCGAGUUGAGGAGCUCACGUGGAGAUUGGAGUUUGAGAAGCACCUGAGGAUUGACCUUGAAGAAGCUAAGGGUCAGGAAAUAGCAAAGCUGCAAACGGCAUUACAAGAAAUGCAGGAGAAGCUAAACGAAGCCAAUGCAGCAAUAAUCAGGGAAAAGGAAGCUGCAAAGAUUGCAAUUGAACAAGCACCCCCUGUAAUUAAGGAGGUGCCUGUCGUGGACAACACAAAAUUGGACUUGCUGACAAAUCAUAAUAAAGAGCUUGAGGAUGAACUGGGUGUCUUCAAAAGCAAGGCUGAGGAAUUCGAGAAGAGAUACUCUGAGGUGCAAAAGGUGGCCGAAGCAUUACUCAAAGACACACAAGAAUACCAGUCAAAAAUAAGUCAACUACAGGAAAUGAUAGAAAGUCUUGAAACAAACUUAUCAAACCUUGAGUCAGAGAAUCAAGUUCUGCGGCAGCAGGCCUUGGUGACAUCAACAAAUGAGGAUCAGUCAGAACAGAUCAAAAGUCUUGAGAGCAAAAUUGCCACACUGGAAUCAGAAAAUCGGGAGCUGCGAAGUCGUCCUGCAGUAGCUGCUCAGCCAUUAGUUAUUCCCGAACUUAAUCAACCGCAUAUUGUAAAGAGCCUUGAGAAUGGACAUCAAGAGGAGAAAGGUCCUAAAGUAAUCAAAGAGUCUGUGGUGGUCCCUGUUGCAUCUGCUUUGAGCAAACAAAAGUCGCUAACAGAUAGACAGCAAGAAAAUCAUGAUGCACUUAUCAAAUGUCUCAUGGAGGACAAGAGGUUCGACAAGAAGAGACCGGCUGCAGCAUGUAUUGUUUACAAAUCGUUGCUACAAUGGCACUCAUUCGAAGCAGAGAAGACAAAUAUAUUUGAUCGUAUUAUCCAUACUAUUAGGUCCUCAUUUGAGAACCAAGAAAAUGUUGGGGAACUUGCUUACUGGCUUUCAACGACAUCAACUAUCUUACUUCUAUUACAAAAUAAUCUAAAGGCAAACACUGCAUCAAGUACAGGUUCAAACCGAAGUCGAACAACACUCACUUUGUUCAGCAGAAUGGCACGGAAUAGCCGACCAUCAUCAUCAGGAAUGGAGAUUUCCAGUGGUUACAGCGGAAUAGUUGGUAAAUCAGACUCUCAAUCGAGAAUAGUGGCGAAAUACCCUGCUCUCCUAUUCAAGCAACACCUAACUGCAUGUGUUGAGAAGAUUUACGGCAUGAUCCGAGAUAGUCUGAAGAAGGAGAUUAGUCCAUUCUUAACUAUGUGCAUACAAGCACCAAGAUCUGCAAGAGCGAGAUCAGUUCGGGGAUCGUCUAAGAGCAUUCACUCCAACAUAGUAGCAAAGCAAGCAUCAAGCAUGCAUUGGCAAAGCAUAGUCAAGAGCUUGGAUCGAACUUUCGAGAUAUUGCAUGAUAAUUACGUACCUUCAAUUAUUAUAAAGAAAACCUUCAGCCAAGUGUUUGCAUAUAUAAAUUUGCAACUCUUCAACAGUUUACUACUCCGACGAGAAUGCUGCUCCUUCAGCAACGGGGAAUUCGUCAAGGCCGGUUUGCAUGAAUUAGAGCAGUGGUGCCAUAAAGCAAUGGAAGAGUGUGCCGAAACCUUAUGGGAUGAGCUCCAACAUAUAGAAGCAAUGGGAUUUCUGGUUUUGCAUCAAAAAUCCCACAAAUUCCUGGAGGAGAUCACCAACGAACUCUGCCCGAUUUUGAGCAUUCCUCAAAUUUAUCGGAUCGGAACGAUGUUCUGGGACGACAAAUACGGCGCACAGGGGUUAUCAAAAGAUGUAAUUGGGAAGAUGAGAGCUAUGACAACUGAUGACUCGAUCAACAUGCCGAAUAAUUCAUUUUUACUGGAUGAUGAUUCAAGCAUACCUUUCUCACUGGACGAUUUAUCUCGAUCGGUGGCUGACGUCAGCCUGUCCGACGUGGAGCCGCCGCCGCUCCUCCGGCAGAACUCCGAGUUCCAUUUCCUCUGGCAACCACAACAACAUCACACUGAUUGAGGGUUUUUUUUUUUCUUUUUUUUUUUCUUUUUUCUUAUGGGGAAUGUAAGAUUGGGGGAAAAAAAAAUGCAAUUAUAUUAUUUUUUUGUGCCAUUUUUUAUCCAUUUGCUGAUAGAGGGCUAAGAGGGGUGUGAUUUGGAGUUCGCGUGCAGUUUGGGAAAUUGGAGUUUGGUUUUUGGUAGAAUUUGUUUGUACAACAAAAUAAUAAAAAAAAAAAAAGAGAAAAGUGAGUGUAUAUUUUUUUUUAUUUUUU